AUGAUAUUUUAAGCAGUAAAUUAUGCAAGUCCAGCUAAACCAUUUCCUGUUUAAACAAAGAAAGAAAGGGGGAAAAUGGAAUAACAUUCACUUCCUGAAUGAUAGCAUUCCAGUUCUGGCUACAGUAUAACUGCCAAUCAGAAGCCUUCUUAGAAGGAUAAUUUCAAAUGCUGUUUACACGUUUUGUGAUUUCUCUUUCUCAUUCCUGGUGUUGUACCACUUGAAAAAUGUCUUGAUUCGUUUUGCUGGACAGCUGUAUGAAUGACCAUAAAAGUUUACUUUCUGCACAGGAUAGCAACAUGAAGGGAAAGGAUUGUGUGCUCCUCUGUAAUUUCAGAUCGUUCAGAAAGAAAUAAACCAGACCAUCGUUCAUCAGGCCAAGGUCCCUUGUCAUCUAUUAAAGCAGCAAUCAAGAGAACACUCAUGAAUAGUGCAACUCAAAUAUGCCCCGUAGAAGAGCUUCUCGGACAACUUAUCACAGUGAACAGCAAAGAGAAAGAAGACGCCCUGAAAUCACAAUAGUUGCAGCUGAGCCACUUGGACCAUCCUCCUGGUUUCCAGGUGGAAACUGUGUCCCUCAACAAGGGCUACUGUUCCAGUCAACUCAUAGCCAGACACCUUGGAGAACCACUGAACUUGUUCCAGCAGAGCCACCUUCAUAUGAGCAGGUAAUCAAAGAGAUCAAUCAAGUGCCAAUCAUCCCAGCCAGCAAUAAUAAUGCUGCCUGUGCUGCUAAUUCUAGACGUACUACUACAUCUUCAACACAGACUGACUUUCAAGAAGAGAUAAUCAGCAAUUUGCCAGCAAUAAAUGUGAAAAAUAAUAUUUCCAUUAUCUCUGAAUGCAGAAACAUUCCAGCUACACAUACUCCUCAGAAGCCACCCAGACCUUCAUCAUCUCUGAUAAACAGCAAUCUUCCCAUAAAUGAACAGCUCUUAGUUAUUUUAGAAGACCAGACGUCUCAAGAGAAGUCUAAUGCUGCGGUAUGUCCUGUGCCAAAACCAAGAUCAAAGGGCAAUCUGAAACCAGUGGCUAAAGACAAUCAAGCAAACAAUCAGGAACAAAAGAGCCCAUCAAGCAGUGAAAAUAAUGAGUUAAUUAAUUCUUUGAUGUUCCUACUAGACAAUAACCUUGAGGAAAGUCAUAUAGUAAUGGACAACAUGGAUACAGACAAGAACCAAGGUAACAUAUUAUCACGGAUUAAAUCAUUUGAAAUGCAAGGGAAUGUCGAAACUUCCGGACUAACCAAGAAACAGGAAGUAUCUCCUCGCUCAUUAGGGCCCAAACCUAUCAUUAGUGCAAAAAAGCCUGUAGUGGCACCAAAGCCAGGCAUUAACAGAGCAUCAGGAGAAUGGGAACAAAAAGCUGCCUCCCUUCAGACUGAGGAAGUUGGGAGCAAUAUUACAACCAAGCCUGAAUUGCCAAAGAAGCCAACAUUAGUGACUGUAAAGAGGAAUAAUAGCAAUGGGCUCCUUAAUUCGGGAAGUGGAUCAGCUUUGGAGAAUACUGAUGGACAGAGAAAAGUUCCCAUUCCUGCUCCUAGGCCGCUUCUUCCCAAGAAGUCAGUCUCUUUUGAAAGUCCUUCUUUUCCUAUGCUUCCCCUGAAACCAAUAAGUACUGUUCCCAAGCCCUCUGUAGCUGCCCAAUCAAAUGCUUUUAGAUCCCCAGGGGAGUGUUUUCCAAGCAGCGUUACACCAUCUCCAGUACAAAAUAUUAGUUCUGCAGAAGGAGAUCUGAUCAGCUUUGACGACGAUGUUUUAUCCUUUAACUCUGCCAAGGCUGUUCAAGAAAUUUCUCAUUCAGAAUCAGAUCUUACCAAUUUGCCAUCCAAAGUUGAAUCUGCAAAAGAGCAACCAGUUCAGCCAGCUGUUGUGCGUAAACCUACUGUAAUCCGAAUCCCAUCUAAGCCAGCAAAAGCUUUAAAUGAUAUUCUGGAAAGCCCUCCUCCACUACCUACAGAGAAACCAAUUGGAAGCACAUCUGGUAUUGCAGCUGGAAAACUCAAUAAUAUCAAUAUAAUUAACAAGGAACCUGAACAGCCGAGCUUGGUACAGCCAAUCAAGAAUGAGCCUGUCCUGCCUCCAAGACCCGUUCAGGGGAAAAUCAUACCAUCUCGGCCCGCUCCACCUAAAGGUGCCCCAGGAAGACCACCACCACCAAAAUCCAACAAAAUCUCCUCAGAUACUGAUAGAUUGCCACACUCGUCAUCUGAUGUGGCACUCCAUAAGAAACCUAGCAUGCUUGGAUUGGGAAUCAAAAAAACAAAGAGCGAUGAUUUUAAAAAACAGGGCUCAGAUUUACCACCUCGACCCAAGCCUGGUCAUCCUCUAUACAAUAAAUACAUGCUUCCUGUGCAUCAUGGAAUUGCUAAAGAAGAUGUUUCAUCUCAAAAUGCUGGACAGCUCUCUUGUAAGGAUUCCGCUGAUAUGCAGAAGAUUAAUGAUCCAAGUGUUCCUCAUGCAACAGUGCUACAUAAUUUCACAGCAGAGCAUAUUGAUGAUUUGGAGCUUAGUGCUGGAGACACAGUUUUUCUUCUGGAAAAAAUAGAUGAUGAGUGGUACAGAGGAAAAUGCAAGAAUCGUACUGGGAUUUUUCCUGCUAGCUUUGUCAAAAUUAUUAUUGAUACUCCAGGAAAAAACAGCUGGAAAAAAGAGCCGCUUUCACCAUCCAAUAUUAUAGGCCCAAGAUGCAGAGCUAGAUUUGAAUACAUUGGAGACCUGAAAGAUGAAUUAAGUUUCUCUGAAGGUGAAGUUAUUAUUUUAAAAGGGUAUAUUAAUCAAGAAUGGGCCAAAGGAGAGCUGAGAGGUACUUCUGGAAUUUUUCCCUUAAAUUUUGUGGACGUUAUUGAAGAUCUACCUGAAUCAGGUGAUGGCAGUUUCCUGCUGAGGAGUAAACAUUCAGGAUCAAUGACACAACUGGAAGGACAAGCUGGACAGUGGUGUGAUGCUCUUCAUGACUUUACAGGAGAAACGCAGGAAGAUUUAUCAUUUAAAAAAGGAGAUUGUAUCUUGAUAUUAGAACAAGUGGAUUCAGAGUGGUAUAGAGGGAGGCUAAAUGGAAAGGAAGGCAUUUUCCCAGCUGUGUUUGUUCAUGUUUGUUCAGGUGGAAUGCAGUCAUCAGAACCUCAGGGAAGGAGGAAACCCAAAGCAAAGGCCCUGUAUGAUUUUCAUGCAGAGAACAUAGAUGAACUUUCUUUCAAAGUUGGUGAUAUCAUAACAAGUGUACAAUCUGUAGAUGAAGAAUGGAUGAGUGGAGAAUUACAAGACAAAUUUGGAAUAUUUCCAAGGAAUUUUGUCCAAAUUCUACAUCUUUCCUAAGGUGAAAUCCAAUUCUGGAGCAUUGUUUUGCAAGUGAAUACGCUGGAAGAAAAGCACGUUAUAUUCUGUGCAGUGGAGAAAGACUGCUAUCUGUGAUCAUUUUAUCUAGACUAUCAAAUGCAUUUUUGCACUAUUUUUGUAAAAUGUUUACUAGACUGUACAAUAUUUUGUUUUUAGUUUAUACUGAGCAGUCCCUGGGCAGAAGGUUUUUUUUUUUUAAAAAAAAAAAGAGGAAUACAAAGCCUUAUUAUUUAAACUUGGUGCAUUUUAUAUUCUUUCUGUGGGGGUGCAAUGGCUCAGAAUUAAAGAUGCUGAGCUUGUCAGCUGGAAACCUGACAACCCGGGUUUGAGACCCGAGUGCCAUGCAACAGAAUGAACUUCUGUCACCUUCUCCAGCUCCUGCCCACGUAGCAGUUUGAAACCAUGCAAAUGUGAAUAGAUAAAUAGGUACCACUUCAAUGGGAAGGUAACAGUGUUCUGUGUGCCUCAGCAUAUAGUCAUGCUGGCCACAUGACUAUGGGAAUGUCUUCAGACAACACUGGCUUCCUUGGCUUAGAAACAGAUAUGAGCACAGCCACCUACAGUUGGAAACAACUGGAUAGGGGAAACCUUUACCUUUACUUUUUAUUCUUUGUGUGACAUCCAAUUAAUUAAACACUGCUCAAAUAGGUUUUUUUUUUUUAACAAUACAUAUCCCACGCUAUAGUUUGCUACUCAAGUUUUCAGAAACCGAAAUGUUUACCAUAUGAAAACAUUAAACCCUGAUACAUAAAUAAGAUUGUCACGGUAAAAGAAAAGGUGUUUUCUUUACUUAAACCAAGUAAGUUAAGUUGUUUAAAAAUGCAUCAAUUACUUUUAGUCUGGAUUGAAGUAUCCUGAAACAAUUGGAUGAUAUUGGAUUUACGUGCCUUAGACUAGGAAGACCAUUAUGUCUGUUUGAUCCAGUUUUCUAUCCUAGUUACUAAUAGCUCUCCAGGAUCUUUCAAACGGUGCUGAAUCCCAACAUUUGUUGCCUGAUCUUUUUUAAUGGAUAAAUGCAAGAUAUAUAUACAGUAAGGCUGGGCAAAGCAAUUGAAGAAGACAUUGCAAUGUUGAACAGAUAUAAAAUGCCUGCUUUGAUUAAGUAUCCACAUUUUUGCAAGCCUCAUACUAUACAUGCACACGCUUUAACACUGCGCAAUCCUAAUGAAUAAUAAUUGCAUAUGUUUUAUGAUAAGAAAGGCUGGUAACUUUUCUUAGUACUUUCAGUAAAUAAAAUUACACACAUAGAGAUUUCUUAGUUUUUACAACCAAUGUACUGUGCUGUAUCAUAAUCUUAAUUUAUCUAAAGUGACUUUUCAAAGAUUCAUCCUCCUUUUUAAAGUCUGAUAUCAUUUUGGAUCUUUCAAAUUCUGUAAUGUUCCCUAUUGCCUUAUUCUUAUCUAAUCUACUGUUAGAAAUUAAGUGUGUUCAGAAAACUAUCUAUGAUAAGUGAUGGAAGAAUAAUUUUCACGGGUCUUGCUGCCAUGACUAUCUCAUAAGAAUAGAUAUUAUUAUAAACUUGUACUACAGCCUGUAUUGUCUUGUUAUCUCCAUCUCCUCAAUCUCCAACUUUAUAAAUGUAAUUUAAGGUAAAAAAUGAAUCUUAAAAUUAAAACUUUUAAGUCCGGUUUUUGCCCUAUAUUUCUUAAGAUUACAUUCUAUAAAAAUGCUCUGAUUUCCUGUCAGUUUUACCAGGAAUUAAUAUUAUAUGUUUAUAAAUCUGAUAGUGGUGAAAGACCUAAAACAUCGAUCCUCCUAUUUCUCAAGACUGAGUAAAAAAGCACACCAAAUCCAUUUUCUUGCUCAAUACCAAUAUUGCAUUUUGACUUUUCACUGCGUGGCCUUUAUGGAGGGGUGAGAUAGUACUUAAAGCACACACCACUGUCACAGCCUUGGCUAUAAUUGUUGGAAACCUUACUUUUGUGCGUAAAGCACAGCUAACAAGAAUAAAUAAUGAAGCAAAACAAUCUUGUGAAUAAACCUAAUCCCAAAGGAUGAAAAAAACAGAAAUUCUUUCACCGGGCCCUGUUUUUCCUCCGAACUAUGCCCUUUUGAUAGUAAGGUGGGGAAGCAUGCAGGAACAGCUUCUCUUUGCAGACCUCCUACACUCUUAUUUUCCAGAAUUAAUAGUUAGCUGCUAAGCCAUAAAAUACAUAGCAGGCUGUAAUUCAGAAGCCAGCCUCUCAUUCUGAUAAGCAGGGCUGCUGCAGUUAUUUCUGGCUUGCAAGGAAUGCUUUGACCACAAUCCACCCAUGCAUUUAAUUACGGUCAGAUUUUAAAACCAAACUACACUUUGGUUUGAGGUUUGGCAUAUUGUGCAAAUCGAAUUUUAUUUUAGAGGACAAAAGCAAUGGAAAUUUUGCUUUUGAUUCAAUCAGUGUGUUGCUUAUUCAUAAAAUUGUAGUUUCCUAUUUUAAUUUCUUAAAGCUUCCUUUAUACAUGCUUUCUGUUCACAAUUUAAAAACUGGAGGAAAAUACACACCUUUUCAGGUAAUUAACUUUGAAUGUUAUCUUGUUCCCUAGUUGUGGUCUUACUUUAAGAAUAAAAUACUUCCAUGAUAUAAAAAUAGUUAAAAUUCAGCUUUCCAUUAAGAUGUAAGAGCUGAAGUACAUGAAAAUAGUAUUAUUACCAUCAAGUACAGCAAUGUGAAAUUGCUUAGUUGAAGGCAAAACCGAUUAUUCACAACAACAACCUUUGUUGCCAUCUCAUAUUUUGCUGUAUUUUUUAGGAACAAUGGACCUUUUUUGUUGUAUGUCAGCUGCAGUAUUUAGGCUUUUGAGGGUCAUUUCAAGUGCUAACUGAAAACCACUGUGUACCAGACUGAAUGCAAUGCUUGUUAAAAUGACUUUUAUAAUUUUUCUUACUCAUAUAUUUUCAGAUUUUGUAUUUUUCCAUAUUCAUUCUCAACAUGUAAUUUUCCAGUGACUGAAAAAUGGUUUUGUUACUAAUGAAAAUGCACUAAUUUCUACAUUAGUAGUAAAUAUGGCUUUUAUAUUUAUCAUUGUUUAAAGUAAGCAUUCACCUGAGCAAGCUUUGUUAUUUUACUAAUCUAUGUAUUCAGAUUGCCAAAUACAGUUAUUUCACUUGAAGAGUGCCAUCUAAAGGGCUUUUAAUAGUGUUAGUAACGUAGAUAAAUACUAAUGACAUUCCCAUUUAAAUAACUGGCAUCAGUUUCUAGAUUGAGGCCAUAAAGUAUUAUAGAUCACAUGCUAUAAGAUUCUCAAAUGAAUGUAAGUACAGCAGUUAGCUGAAGAUACAAAUACUACAAUAUGUAUAUACAGUAUAUAAGUGUGAACCAGGAUAUUAUAGUAGCUAUUUAAUCUCCACAUCAGUUUAAUGAAUUUUGUUCAAAGAUUACACAAAUCU